CCCUCAAUUUUAUACUUUAUAUUUGAGUCUCUCUCUCUCUCUCUCUCUCUCUCUUUGCCUCGAUUCUCACUUUCCCCUUUUGUUUCCUCCAUUUUUGCCUUCUGACUGUUGCAAAAUGAUCUGCAUUCCCCUCCUGUGUAAAUAAUUGAAUGAUCUUUUGUAGCUGGAAAACAUAUAUAUAAUAAGCAUAUGUAUCUUAUUUCCUUCUUCAUCUCUCCCAAAGUUUCCUUUCUCUCACUCCAUCCAAUCUUUUUGUCCAGAAUUCCUUAAUUGUUCCAAUAUUACCCACCUCCAACAUUCAUUAACCAUUUCGUCUUCUCUCCCUUAAAAAACCAAGGUCUACCCUCCAUUAAAAAAAUCAUGGCUAAGAUCCAAAUCUCCUUGUGUGUUGUGUGUUUAGUGUGUUCUUUAAUCCUCAAUUUGUUGCUUGUGAGUAACCAUAUGCAUGUGGGUGGGAAGUGGGAGCUGAGUUGGAGCAGAAAAGCAGCAGAAGAAGGAGAAGCAGCAGCAGCAGUGGCAUGCUCCGGCCAUGGAAGAGCAUACUUGGAUGGCUUGGUUGUCGAUGGAAGCCCUGUUUGUGAGUGCAACUCCUGCUUUGAAGGUCCUGAUUGCUCUCAAUUCUCACCUGAUUGUAUUGCAAAUGUUGACGGAGGGGAUCCCCUAUUCUUAGAGCCCUUCUGGAUGCAGAAUGCAGCUCGCAGUGCAAUGCUGGUAGCAGGGUGGCAUCGAAUGAGCUAUGCAUUCAACAACCAGUCUUUAAUGUCACAAGUCCUCGAAAACCAGAUCCGAAAACUACACACUGCUGUUGGAAAUGCAGUCACACAAGGAAGGUUCAUCGUCUUUGGUACUGGCUCAACCCAACUCCUCAAUGCUGCAGUGUAUGCCCUUUCACCAGACAAUUCAUCAGCCCCAGCUAAAGUUGUUGCAUCCUUCCCUUUUUACCCGGUUUACCAACUACAAACAGACUUCUUUAGAUCAAAGGAUUUUCAGUUUCAAGGGGACGCAUACUUGUGGGAGAACAACUCAGAUAGUACCUCAAAUCUCAUCGAAUUUGUGACUGCCCCCAAUAAUCCUGAUGGACAGCUGAAUAAAGCAGUUCUUCACGGCCCAUAUGUGAAGGCCAUUCAUGAUCAUGCCUAUUAUUGGCCUCACUUUACAGGAAUUCCAGCUCCCGCAGAUGAAGACGUCAUGGUAUUUACUCUUUCUAAGCUUACUGGUCAUGCAGGCACUAGAUUCGGAUGGGCACUGAUAAAGGAUGAAGCUGUGUACCAAAGAAUGUCAACUUAUGUAAAACUGAAUUGCUUAGGUAUUUCCCGGGAUGCUCAGUUAAGAGCCUAUAAACUUCUGAAAGUAGUCAUGGAAGGGAGUGGAAGGGAAAUAUUUGAGUUUGGUCACGCAACAAUGAAGAACCGCUGGGAAAAACUGAGCAGUGCCUUAUCAGUGUCCAAACGCUUCUCUCUCCAGGACAUUGCGCCACAAUACUGUACCUUCUUCCAAACAGUCAGAGCUGCUUCUCCAGCUUAUGCAUGGUUGAGGUGUGAGCGAGAGGAGGAUAAAGACUGUUACAGAGCCCUCAAAAAGGCUGGCAUCAUUGGACGUGAGGGUACUUUGUUUGGUACUGCGAGUAGCUAUGUUCGGCUCAGCCUCAUCAAGACCCAAGAUGACUUUGAUAUGCUGCUGCACCAAAUAAAAAAGCUAGUGGCUGAGGAAGAUGACAUGCAUGCCAGAAGUACUAUGUGAAGAGUGGAAUCAACAAUCAGUUGAUCAUAAGCUCAUAUGUGAAUGCAGAAUUUAUCUUCUUAAAUUGUAGAGCAACUACAUUUCUAGAUUUUAUGCCUCUCAAAUCACUCACACAUUAAUAAAUCAAUUACAUAAAAAUUGAACA